AUGAAGAUAAACGUUACUAAACCGUUUCAGUUGUUACAAUAUGUUUGUUACAUUUUCGUAGUUUUACUUCUACAAAUCGUUGUAGUCGGUCCUUUAUCAAUUUUAAUAUUUAAUGAUUUCUAUACAAGAUUGAUUCCAGACGAUUCGUUACAAUUCGUACCUAUAUCAAAAUUUGACCAAGGAAAAGUAGAAGAUGUACUAAUUUUCAAACAAGAUAUUGAUAGAAUCUCUUUGAAUGAUGACUUGAUUAAUCUCGAUAAUAAUGGAAUUUCAGAAAAGAUACCCUUACGAGAAUUUAUCAACUACGAAUUGGAUUUCGCUUUCGACUUUUAUUGUCAAUCAGAAUUGGAAACAUUCAAUUUACAAAAUGUCAAGAUCUCUAUUCAAGCCAAUGAUUUACCCCUUUAUGUUCUCGAAAUGCCAAUAAUUUGUAUCACCAAAAAUGAUACCAUAUUACUGAACUCACAUACAUCAAGACUCGAAUUGUGGCAAUUAGAAUGGCUAAAUAAGAUUCAUAUUGACAAUGUAGUAACUGUUCCGAGUAACGUUGACAUAAUAUCAAUUGUCAUUAACAAGCCAAGCCAUUCCCACUUUUUAGUUAAACCAGAUUCAAAUUUAAAUUUUAGAAUGGAUUUCACCAACGAUUUAAGAAACAUGAUGCUACGCAAGAGAACCAUUACUCAUAUAAUAGGCAUCCUCAUUGUGAAUAUACUAUUGAAUCUGUUAUUCCUGUUAAUAACUGUAAUUACAUUCAUUGUAACAUCAAAUAAAUUAAAUAAAAAAAUUUUUUUGAUGAAAAAAAAUCAAAAGUUGAAUAAAUGA